AUGGAGGACCACGGGGCUGAGAUGAAUGUGUUUUCUUCUGACAGCUCUAAUAGUGGAACUGAAACAGGUGAGACUUAAACUAUCUUAAUGAACUGAUUUGAAGAAACUCUCCAACAGAUUGCAUUACUGAUGAAACGAGAUGUCUACCCUUUUUUGUGUGAGACAGAGCAAAUAUAAUGAUGAAUUUAUGGAAAACAAAAGCAAAAAUCAGUCUUCUUCUUCUCAUCCCUGGACAGUGCAGACUGUUUUGAAGGAUUUAUUUUUUUUUUUUAUGCAGAUACAUUUUUAUUCUCACCCAGCCAAGGCAUGCUUUGUAAAGUGUGCUCUGAUUCAAGCAGUGGAAAACACUAUGGUAUCUACACCUGCAACGGCUGUAGUGGUUUUUUCAAGCGUAGUGUGAGGCGAGGACUUGUCUACAGGUAAGCAAGAUUUAAACUCUUCCUUAGGAAAGACUGGAAAUAUACAGCAGAGAUGUUUUUACAUUUAAAUAACUUUUGUUGUUGUUGUUGUUGUUGAAGGUGUCAUGCCGGGACUGGCAGGUGCCUUGUGGACAAGGCUCAUCGGAAUCAGUGCCAAGCUUGUCGACUCAAGAAGUGUCUCCAGGCUGGAAUGAACAAAGAUGGUCAGAAAGCUCUUUAUAGAUUGAUUUUGUAAAGUCCACUAUCUAAGAGUCAGUCAGUUUUUAUUCAUGUUAUCUCCUGAUACUUCAAAUCAACAUCCUUCACUCCAGAACUCUUAAUUGAACAGAAAAACAUUUAUUAGCAGUUUUUUUGACUGUAACAUUGCAAUUGAAUGUUAAUGUAUGAAGGCUUUUUUCUUAUUGUCUCAACUGUCUUUAUUCUAUCAAACAGAUGUGCGGAGACUUUUUUUCUCAUGACACUUAAAGCAUGUCUAAAUGGGAGUCUUUGUAAUAAUUUUCCUCAGACCAAAACUAGAUCCACCAAUGCUUGUGUCAUAGAAAAACCCUCAGCUUUAUAAACAUAUAUUUUUCAGGAGGAUGUUUGUGUACCAUCCUUUCUCAAACAUAUACAUUUUUUUUUGCAAGACAAGGGUCUGACUGAAGGCUCCAACAUUCAUGCUUGGACUCUUAAGGUGUCACAAGUAAUACAGUCCGUCUGCACUCUUUUCCUGUAGUCCACCUAUCUAUGUGUAUGUAAUUUCUGCUACAGUAAAACCAUUACAAGACCUUCUUUAGUUAGUAAUUUAUCAUAUUCUCAACCAUCCGGCAGCCGUGCAGAAUGAGCGACAGCCUCGAAGCACAGCACACGUCAGUCUAAACUCCAUAUGUGUGGAUACUAAAAAGGAGCAUCCGGCAACCAUACAGAAACUCACCUCCUCCGCCACCCACUCAUCAGCCACCUGCAGACCUCAGGUCACUUCCUCUGUAAUCCCCUCUGCCCCUAUCCAGCCCUGGAGCAACCCCAACAACAACCAUCGCUUUAUGGUCAGCCUGCUGACUGCAGAAACCUGCACAAAGCUGGAGCAAGAGGAUGGUGAGGUCAUGUGACUAGGAUUUUUCUGAGAUUUACUUAAUCAAAUUUAUUUGGACAUAAUUUACCGAAUAAACCAUUUCAGGGUUGAGUUUUGCUACUUAUACCACAUGUAUACAGUGCCUCUGAGGAUGAUAAGUCUCAAAAAUUAAGGGUAACCUUACUUGGAUUGUUGAGAUGCAGAUAAGUUAAAGAAUAUUUCACAUUUUUGUGCCUUUCUUUUUCUAAGUGGAGGGUAACAUUGAUGUCACAACCAAUGAUUCAGAGAGAAAUCAGACUUCUUCAGACUGUCGUACAUCCCUGUUCACCUCCAGCUGUUCAGAGAGUGUGUAUGAAACAUCAGCACGACUCCUCUUCAUGUCUGUCAAGUGGGCAAAAAAUUUGCCUGUUUUCACUCACCUGCCAUUUCGAGACCAGGUGAGACUGACUCGUAUGUCAAGAGACCGUUAAAGCAUAUCAUAAGUCAUGUGUGAGACUGAAAGCAUAUUUUUCUGUGACACCCACAGGUGAUUCUCCUUGAAGAAGCUUGGAGUGAGAUGUUCCUCUUGUGUGCCAUUCAGUUGUCCCUCCCUCUUGACAGCGGUCCUCCUCUGUCCUUGCCAGAGCUUCCUCUCUCACAGCAGGGCAAGGCCGGUCUCCUCGCAGCUGACCAACGCAUCCUGGAAGGGGUCUUUAACCGCUUCAAGGCCCUGGCUGUUGACCCCACUGAGUUUGCCUGCCUGAAAGCCGUCGUCCUCUUCAAACCAGGUGAGGAGUUUCCCUCCAGCAAAUUAAAAUUGUUCUUGAGCUUGUGCAUAACUUUUGUCUGCUUUUUGUCUUCAGAAACACACGGCCUCAAAGACCCGGAGCAGAUAGGGAAUCUGCAGGACCAGUCUCAGGUGUUGUUGGGUCAGCACAUUCACUCAGUGUACCCCAAUCAAAGCGCCAGGUGGGGUGUUUUAAACAUAUCGUUGUGUGUUCAUAUUUUAAGUUUUGGUUUAAAGCCUGCAGAAAGGUGAUGUUUUCUCCUUUUUGUUUUUGUCCAUCGAGGUUUGGGAGACUGUUACUCUUGCUGCCUUCACUCCAGUUUGUGAGUCCAAAGAGAAUUGAACAACUCUUCUUUCACAGGACGAUUGGCAGCACACCGAUGGAGAGGCUUCUGUGUGACAUGUUCAAAAACUAA